CUUUCAUGUGAGAGAAGAGCACACACAAACAUCUCGACGAGCAGCAGGAAGAAGAAACCAGUGCUGAUACACCAGACAGAACGAAAGGACAAUUUAGAAGAUGGGAGUUCAUUGGAAAAUCCUGUGUUUCCUGAUGCUGCUACUGCACAAGAGUAGUCAACAAGAAGUGUUUAAUGAUAAGAAUACACUAAAUCUCCCCGCAAAUGAUAAAAUUGGCUGGAUGGAAACUCUAGACGAUGACAAGCUCAUCUCUACCCUCACUAUUCCUGGUACCCAUGACGCCUUGGCUCUUUAUGGAGGACCAUUUGCAAAAUGUCAGGCAUGGUCACUAGAGGACCAGCUAAAGGCCGGGAUACGCUACUUCGACCUCAGAGUGUCUGGCAUUGAAUUAAUAAUUAUGCAUGGAUGGAUUUACCAAGGUACAUCAUUGUCAAAAGUUCUCGCCACAGUCAAGACAUUUUUAACUCAAUUCAGAACAGAGGUAGUGCUUCUCAGAGUUAAGCCUGUUUUUCUUAUGAAGAAAAAAGUUCAGGAUUUAGUUGAAAAGAUAAUUAGAAAUGAUAUCUGGAUAUCUGAACAUAGCUGGGUUAAGGAGUCAAUUCCAAAGAUUGGUGAAGUAAGAGGAAAGAUUGUUUUUGUUCAGAAAAACACUUUUAAACUGGGUAUUAAGUUGUUUGAAACCGACAAAAAAGGAGACCAUGAAGUAACUAAAGUUAAAGACAAAGAGAAAAAGAUAACACAGCAUCUGAAUGAAGCGGCUGAUCAAUGUAAAACAGGUUCUGCUCUGAGUCUGAGCUACUCGAGUGGCACGAGCUUAGGUACAUGGAAGUUGGUUUUCUUAUUGCCUAAAAAAUUGGCAAAGGAAAUCAAUCCCUGGUUGUAUGGUCAUCUUAAAACGGAAUUGGGAAAGAAACCCAAGCCUUGUUUUGGGAUCAUAGCCAUGGACUUUCCAGGUAUUGACUUGAUUCAAAUGGUCAUCAAAUUCAAAAAGGCUACCUAAGAUUUUUCAGUUUUCACUUUUUCCACAUGGGUUCAUCAAGAAAUUCAUGUUCUCACUGCUUUCAUCAGAUAAUUGAGAAUUUUUAAGCUGGCAAAUUACAUAAAAUAAAUAUUUCCAGUGUGUUAUGUUAUUUCAAUAACAACAAUUAUUUGUUGUCUUUUGGGUUUGAACAACAUUAGCAUGAGUUUUUGUGUUAGCAUUGUAAUUUGUGUUUUUUGUUGGUUUCAUGUGUUUGAUGUCAUGAUGUCAUGCAUUUUAUUUUCAACAAAUGUUUUAAUAUAAUUACUGUAAUAAAA